UCCUUCUCCCUGUUGUCUACGUCCCUUCCGCCCGCUACCUUCGCCUCCCAAGAUCUCCACCCCGUCCCCUUCCCCCGGCCAUCUCCGGCAACCGGAUUUCGUCGCCGCCUUGCCUUGACCCCUUCCCGGAACAUCCAUUCCCCAGUUCUUUACGCCAAGUUGCUGCCUCCGCGGAUUGCAGCGUGCCGUGGUCGGUUUCUUGGUUUGAUUAUUCCCCCCCGGAUUGGAGCCGGAGCACGGCGAAAGGUGGCUGGCGUCUUGGUGCGACGCGGCCGCGCUGAGUUGGUUGCCGCCGGCGGUGCUCGUGGAGCGAGGCGGCGGCGGAGGCUUCCUCUUAUCCUGCGUGGGGAGUGGUGGGGAAGCGGGGUCAAAGGAGCCAACUUUAUUCCCCCAAUCGCAUUUGGGCGCUUCGUUCGUGACCCCACGCGAUUCUUGGGGAGUUUUUGACUGAAUUUCUGGUGGGAUUGGCGUGAAGGAGGCGGUGGCGCCUGGCGCGGAUCCAGAGAGGAUUUGAUUGCGUCGGGACUCGGGAAGAGGUGGGCGGGUGACUGUUGCUGUUCUUGGCAUGAGCGUUGAUCUCGUUGGAGAUGGGGACGGAUUACUACAAUGUGCUGAAGGUGAACCGGAACGCGACGGAGGAGGACCUCAAGAAGUCGUACCGCCGGCUGGCCAUGAAGUGGCACCCCGACAAGAACCCCGGCGACGCCAAGGAGGAGGCCGAGGCCAAAUUCAAGAAGAUCUCCGAGGCGUACGAGGUUUUGAGUGAUCCCCAGAAGAGAGCGAUAUAUGACCAAUAUGGUGAGGAGGGUCUGAAGGCCUCUGCAGAUGGUGGUGGUUCCUCAUCCAUGAAUGGGUCUGCCAACCAACGUUUCAAUCCUCGCAACGCUGAAGAUGUCUUUGCUGAGUUCUUUGGUAGCAGCAAGCCUUUCGAGAACAUGGGGCGAGCAAAGUCAAUGAGGUUCCAGACAGAAGGCGCUGGCACCUUCGGUGGGUUUGGUGGGAAUGAGAACAAGUUCAGAUCACACAAGGAUUCAGUCGGAACGAGUUCAAAUCAGGCUCGGAAGCCACCGCCUGUGGAAACCAAACUGCCCUGCACACUUGAAGAGCUGUAUGCAGGUUCAACGCGCAAGAUGAAGAUAUCCAGGAAUGUUGUGAAGCCGAACGGGCAAAUAGGGACGGAAUCCGAAAUUUUGACAAUUGAUAUAAAGCCUGGUUGGAAGAAGGGGACCAAGAUCACAUUCCCAGACAAGGGCAAUGAGCAUCCAAACCAGCUCCCUGCUGAUCUCGUUUUUGUUAUCGACGAGAAGCCCCAUGAUCUGUACACAAGAGAAGGCAACGACCUCCUAGUCCACCGGAAGAUUUCUUUGGUGGAUGCAUUGGCAGGAACUACAGUCAAUCUGAAGACCCUCGAUGGCCGUGACCUGGUGAUUAAGCUCACAGAUGUGGUGACACCUGGGUAUGAGCUUGUGAUUGCGAAGGAGGGGAUGCCUAUUGUCAAGGAGAAUGGGAGAAGAGGCAACCUGAGGAUCAAAUUCGAUGUUGAUUUCCCUAAGAGGUUAUCGUCAGAGCAGCGGCACAACAUUAGGAAGGUUCUUGGAGGUCAACCUCAGUAGCAGUGAGCACACUCUAAAAAAACAUGGAUCACCUGUCCCAUAGUCCCCCAUGCAAUGCAGACUAAUUCAGAUGUUCUUGAUCUUUUUCUUCAGUUGGCUUGUAUGUUUAGUUCAUUUUCCUUUGCGGUUAUUUUCUGAUCUUCUUCUUUAUUGGGAGAAUAGAAAUAUUGAAGACCACAUGUGUAAUACAAAAGUAUUGUGCAGAUUCCAAUGUUACGCUUGUCCAAUCGCCUUUUCCUAUGAAUUCUAUUCAUUGAAGUAAACAACCUGAUAUCAGCA